AUGACCGCGCGACAAUAUUACAAGGAGUCAGAAUUAUCUCGCGAACCUGAAAAUCUUAAAGUAUCUUUUUUCUGUAAUGAUGAAAAGACUGGUCAAUAUCAGCUGAUUUGUUCCGAUUUCCCCCCCCCUGAUGAAUCUAUCCUAAUGGAAUCGGAAUACCCAAAAGCAAUUUUUGACGAAGGGCUGGAGCAGGAAGGGUGGAACAUGUUUGAUGAAGAUGACGAAGAUCCAGAAGAAUAUGAUCUUCCUCUUUCCAUUAUAGCGGGGAAUAAUUUUGAUCGCAUUCAAAGAACGCGGCUACUUUCAGCAGCAUUUUUCUUAAAACACGGCUUAACUAAGACAGGCCUUGGUGAUUUCUUUGACAUUUUAAAUAUAUCAUCUGGGCAUCAAGACGAAGAGCUUAGAAGCCCAUAUAUGCUAAUGAAAAGAUAUGGGCUUUUAAAAGCUGGCUUGAAAAGAAUAUAUCCAUUCACUGCGUGCUCAAAGACACUUAAAAAUGACUCAAGUGGUUAUCCGACCGAAAUUCAGCCUUGCGGUCACAACUAUUUGCAGGAAACGUCAGACAAAUGCUAUACGCUCUUACUCCCCGUCGAAGAACAAGUGAAAUUUUUUCUACGUUACCAUGGAAUUAAAAACAAAAAUACUGUUAUCAAUGAUUAUGAAGACAGAAAAGGCGACGUAUUUACCGGUGAUAGUUAUAAGCCGUACGUGAAAGAUGGGCUAAUUAACGACCAUACAAUAACUAUGCCAAUAAACACUGAUGGGGCUCAAAAAUUUUAA